AUGACUACUACUAAUGAUAAUGAUAGUAAUAAUAAUAAUAACAACGACAAUAUUUCAGCACCCAAAUCUUUUACUUGUUGUCAAAUGAAUGAAUUAUUUCAUACAAAUAAACCAACUAUUGAAAUGACUUAUAAUCAUCAAUUAAUUAAAACUGAUUUUAUUAAUGAGAAUCAUUAUUCAUUAAAAGAAAUUAAUCAAAAUUCUAUUCUUACUAAUGUAUAUAAUCAAUGUAUUCAUAAUAUCAAUUCAUGUUGUUUAAUGAAAGAAAUACAACUUCAUAGAAUUGAGGGUGAUGGCAUCUCUUCUCGUGUAGUUAAAUGUGAUCCUCAACUUAAACACUUUCCAUCGUUAUUACAACUGCCUACAAUUUCCUCUUCAUCAGACAAUAGUCAAUUCAAUAAGGGCGAAUUGAAGUGUGGAGAGAAUGAUUGUCCACAAUCAUCUAUUUGUCAAUUGAAUAGAUGCUUGGCACAGGAAUUGAAUAAAUCAUCAAAUAGAUCAUCUCAUGAUCAUAAUAGUAAUAAUAAUAAUCUAGAGCACCAUCUCUGUACAUCGACUCAUCUAGUGACAAACUCCGAUUCAUCAUCAACAACAUUUAUCAAAAAAAUUUCAAAAUCAAUAAACAAUAAUCAUAAAAGAAAACACAGAAGAAAACGUGAAUUCGACAAUAAUGGAUUUAUGUAA